GGGGCGGGGGAGGAAGCGGCGGGAGCAGCAGCGGAAGCCGUGUGGUAAGCAGCCAUGGGGCAGGAGGAAGAGCGUAAGGGCGGCAUGCCCAAGGACUUCGUGCCUUCCAAGGGACUGACGAGCGAGGAGGCGAGCAACCUGCUUGCUAUCCAUGGCCGCAACGAGCUGGAAGAGAAGGUGACUCCCAGCUGGCUCAUCUUCUUGCGGCAGCUGUACGCGCCUAUGCCCAUCCUGAUUUGGAUUGCUAUUCUUGUCGAGCUGGCAAUCAAGAACUGGCUGGACGCUGGCAUCCUGCUGAUAAUUCAGCUGUGCAACGCGACCAUCGGCUGGUACGAGACGACGAAGGCGGGAAAUGCUGUGGCGGCGCUGAAGGCUUCGCUGAAGCCCCGAGCGACGGUGAAGAGGGAUGGCAAGGUGCAAACGAUCGACGCGUCGGUGCUGGUCCCGGGAGACCUUGUGCUGCUGGGCGCCGGUUCCGCAGUGCCCGCUGAUUGCAUCAUCAACGAGGGAACCAUCGACGUGGACACGUCGGCGCUCACGGGGGAGUCGAUGCCAGAGACCAAGUGUGGAGGCGACGAGGCGCAGUGGGGAUCGACUUGCGUGCAAGGGGAGGUGGAGGCCACCGUGAUCGGGACGGGUAAGAACACGUUUUUUGGAAGGACGGCGGCGCUGCUCACGGAGACGAACGAGCUCGGCAAUAUCCAGAAGAUCAUCCUGAAGAUCACGGCGGGUCUCGUCGUCAUCUCCAUCACCCUCUGCGCCAUCGCCCUCGUGUACCUGCUGAAGGGUCGUGAUCAGGACUUCAUCGAGGCGUUGAGGUUCGUUGUGGUGCUCAUGGUGGCAUCGGUGCCGCUGGCAAUCGAGAUUGUGACGACCUGUACGCUGGCCGUCGGAUCGAGGAAUCUUUCGGGCAUGAAUGCGAUUGUGACCAGACUGGUGGCGAUCGAAGAGAUGGCGGGAAUGAACGUGCUGUGCAGCGACAAGACGGGGACGCUGACUCUGAACAAGAUGGUUAUUCAGGAGGAGACGCCAAUCUUCAUGAAGGGAGAGUCGAGGGAGACCGUGAUCCGAGCGGCAGCUCUGGCGGCGAAGUGGAAGGAGCCGCCGAAGGACGCUCUCGACACCAUGGUCCUGGGCACGGCGGACCUGCACUCGCUGGACGUCUAUCAGCAGCUCGACUACAUGCCGUUCAAUCCGAAGGUCAAGAGGACGGAAGCCACCCUGAGAGGUCCGGAUGGCAAGGUGUUCAGGACCACCAAAGGAGCGCCGCACAUCAUUCUCGACCUGUGCGAGAACAAGAACGAGAUCUCCAACGAGGUCAACGCCCGGGUCAACCAGUUCGGUCUGAGGGGGAUCCGCUGCUUGGCGGUGGCGAAGGCGGAAGAAGGGGAGGGAUGGCGGUUGAUGGGCGUGCUCACUUUCUUGGACCCGCCCCGACCUGACACCAAGGACACCAUUGAGCGCGCGCAGAAGUUUGGCGUCGUCGUGAAGAUGGUCACGGGCGAUCAGGUGGUCAUCGCGUUGGAAACGGCGCGGUCGCUCGGCUUGGGAACCAGCAUCCGAGGUGUGCAAGGGCUGCCCAGUCUGGGAGAGGACAACAAGGUGCCCAAGGAUCUCGGUAAGAACUAUGGGCCCAUGAUCCUCGAUUGCGACGGGUUUGCGCAGGUCUUCCCCGAACACAAGUACCUCAUCGUCGAGGCUCUGCGGCAGAUCGGCUGCUCUGUCGGUAUGACCGGCGAUGGCGUCAACGACGCGCCGGCGUUGAAAAGGGCGGACGUGGGAAUUGCCGUGUCGGGGGCGACGGACGCCGCGCGCGCGGCUUCGGACAUCGUCUUGACCUCGCCCGGUCUCUCUGUCGUCGUCGAGGCCAUUAUUGUGGCCAGGUGCAUCUUCCAACGAGUCAAGUCCUUCAUCAACUACAGAAUAGCCGCCACGUUACAGCUGCUGUGCUUCUUCUUCAUCGCUGUCUUCGCGUUCAAUCCGAAGGAUUAUCAGCCGGACUUUUGCGGAAAAGAAACGGGUAAGUUUCGGAACUGCAUCGACCGGGAUAUAAAGAAGAUCGAGAAGGAGGAUGGAUGGCCGGAGUUUUUCCAGCUCCCGGUGCUGCUGCUCAUGCUCAUCACGCUGCUGAACGACGGCACGCUGAUCACCAUCGGGUACGAUUACGUGAUUCCGUCUCAGAACCCGGAGAAGUGGAACUUGAAGGUUUUGACUCUGGCCUCGGUGGUGCUGGCCGGCGUGGCGUGCUUCUCCUCGUUGAUUCUGCUGUGGGCGGCUCUCGAUUCCUGGAGGGUGGGUUCUCUCUUCGAUAAAAUGGGUCUGAAACCGAUGGCUUACGGGCAGAUCGUGACGAUGAUCUACCUGAAGGUGUCUCUGUCUGACUUUCUCACUCUCUUCAGCUCACGAACGCGCGGUUGGUUCUUCACCCAACGACCUGGCCUCCUCCUCUUCUGCGGCGCCUUCAUCUCUCUCGGCAUCUCCACCAUCAUCGCCUCCUGCUUCCCCAAAGUGGAGUUUGAACACAUGCCCCUCGAGGGUCUCGCGAACCGCAGCGCGGAGUACAAGUUGUGGACAAUCUGGGUCUGGCUCUAUUGCGUUUUGUGGUGGUUUAUUCAGGACGCGUGUAAGGUGGGGUCGUACUACUUCGUCAUCAAGUACAACGUUUUUGGAGUCAACAAGGGUAGGGAGGUGUACGUGAAGACUCCGGGCAAGGAGGUGUUGGAACCGGUGGGCCAGGAAAACGAGGUAGUCACUGCGAGCUACAGCAGGGCGAGCGGCAAGGCCAUGGCUAGGCAAUUCAAGGAAGGAGUGGCGGCUGCCACUGCGGAGGACACCAGACUGGGAAGAGAGAUUGGCGCCAAGUUCGAAGUCGGAGAGGACGGCCAGGAAUACCUCUCUGUGUCUUAUUCGAGGGAAGCGGGAGCUCGGAUCGCGGCAGAGCUGAGGGCCGAGAUGUUGAAGAAGGCGGAUGCUGCGACGCCGCCGCCGCCGCGCAAGCACAAGUGAGCGGAGCUGCAGGCCCCCUGAAGAGAGUUGAGCAGCUGUGGCGCAUGCGUGGUGUCGAUGUCUGCCUCUUCCUCGGGCGGCUGCUGUGGACUGCGAGAGGCGGUGGUUCUUCUGCUGUACGCCGUCUCGUUUUAUCAUUUUUGUUUUCCUUUUCUUAAAUUUAAUUUGUUUGGGGGUAUGUAUCGGCGAAAAAGGGGGGGUAGUGAGUGGGGGAGACGAGACCUGUGGUGCUGAUGAACACGGAUACACGCGAGGGAGGAGGGAGAAGGGAGGAGAUCGGUCGUUGAUCUUGACACGAUGGCAUGCGUGAUCUGGAGUAGGUAUUGUUAAUUGGCAAGUCAGGCGUGUCGCGCGUCUCGAGACGCUCUCUGAUGUUCUAUUCGGCGUAGAAAGAUGAAAGCGACGAAGAAAGGAGAGGGAGGGAGUGGAGGCGAUGAGACCUGUGGUGCUGCUGAAACGGAUGCACGUGAGGGACGAGGGAGAAGGGAGGACGGCGGAGGAAAUCAGUUGUUGGUUUUGACGCGAUGGCGUACGUGAUCUGGACUAGGUGCUAGUACUUCGUAAGUCGCGCGGGCAGCGCGUUUUGAGACGCUCUCUGUUGUUUCUACCCUGUGUGGAAGAGGUGAAAGCGGCGGGGGCGGAUUCCCAGGCGGCCGGGCAUGAUGCGGAACGGGGAUCGAGUCCAGCUGGAGGUUUUGAAGUUGGGAAGUAUUGCUGUGGCAUUGUUGUUGGUAGCAGCUCGCGUGGCUCUCUUGUCCGUCUAGUGCAGCAGCUGCUGCUCUUGUCUGCAACGAGGAAGGGAGGGAGGGUAGGGGGCGACAGGGACGGCAUGGCAUUUGCUGCGGUGAGCGCGGCUGUAGGAGUAGUCUGGAGCGAGUGCUCUUAGGAUGUUGGCAGUGAGUGAUUGAUUCGUUUUGAUUAAUUUUUGAUUAAGUGUGGGAGCCGGUGGCUGAAGGAGCAGAGGUGGGACGGUCUUAUCUUUCUCUGCUAGGGAAGAGAACUCGGUGAACUUUCUCCUGCUGCGUCGAUUGAUUCGUUGUGAUUAAUUUUAAGUGUGGGAGCCGGUGGGUGAAGGAGCGGAGGUGGGACGGUUUUAUCUUUCUCUGCUAGAGAACUCGGUGAACUUUCUCCUGCUGCGUCGAGAGUUUAGAUUCCUUAAGUACGGUCUUCAGGACAGCAUGUUGUCAUCGGCAUUCUACAUGCGUGUUUUCCUCCCUGCCGGAAGGAUUGACGAGUCUUGAUGACCAGUUACUGUGUCUAUGACACCGAGCCAAACGCUGGCGUAGUGUCCUUUAUACUCGAACUAACGGCUAUGUAAUUACAUGGAGGGGGUUAAAUUACUGUUUAUAGUAUUUUAGUGUUAACUGUUUGUAGUUGUUAGUCUAGUGUUAAUAGAUAUGUAAGUACCCGGACGGCGUUAAGUAAGGGGGUGAAGCUAUUGGCUGGAGGGAGGGCAUGAAUUUAAGGGGAUAAAGCUAUUGGUGGAGGGAGGGGAUGAAGCUAUUCGAGUAGUCAUAGAGGAGGCGGUUUUGACGGUGAAUUAAGGUCGUGUUCAACGAGGAUGUACUCCUCUGUCGUUGUCGUUGUCCGCUCUUCACGAAGGACAGGAUGCACCGUAUGAUGACGAUUUCAUCUAUCUUUGAAUGUCUGUUGUUGUCGCCGUCGAAGGGUGCGAGUGGGGUAGGCGGACACAUGAAGAGGAAAAUCGGCGGCCUUGCGUUCUUUUUUUUUUUUUUUUUUUUUUUUUAUCUGCUUGCGGUGAACUUUAUGUCGCCGGCCUUGUCUUUUCUUUGUUUCGUUUUUCCUUUUACAUCUGCGUUGCGCUGAUUGAAGUCGCGGGAUGAUUGUGUUGGCAGUAUGAUGCAGAAAAUACACAAUUGCACGAGAUUUCUGUUUUUCUCCGCUUGAAUAGCACGAAAUUACACAGCUAAAUUCUCAUUGGCUUUAGGUAGUGGAAAAUUUCCAAAAAGUCCGUAACCACUAGAUUUUUGUUUUUUUUCCCCAUGAAUAAUACAGAUGUUGAUAAUGUUUUUUGUAUCGAGUGGUUAUGAGUGGAAGGGAGCGAUUUGAUGUGAUGUCAGGUGACGUGCCUUGUGAAGCCGGUGGAAAGGAGCGAAAGACGGCACGGCGAACGAACUUGAGAGGCGCUGAAAUGAUCGAAUCACCUCCUGCCGUGUGCCUUCGAGACCGGUGGAAAAAAACUACAUCGAUAUACGAGGUGCUACUCGAGAGGGGCUUCUCCUGCCGUGUGCCUUCGAAAGCGGUGGAAACAAACUACUUUGACGGAAUUAGCUGCUAUUCGAGAGGGGCUUGUCUACCAAAAUAGAACGAUGCCUACUUCGACGGAAUUAGCUGCUACUCGAGCGGUGAAGCGGGUUUAUUGGAACGAAGACGGUACUGCGUGCUCUUCUUGAGAGGAGUUCACAAUAGAUAGUGGCCUUGUGGAGGCAGAUUUAACGAACGAAAGGCUUGUCCUGCGUACUACUUGAGAGGCGCUGAAUUCAUCUCUCGCAGGGUGCCUAUUGAGGCCGGUGAAAACGAACGACGACAGUACCGGGGCGACUGAGGCCGGUGAAAACGAACGACGACACGACAGUACUACGAACGAUCUGUGGAGCUCACCAGUGGGAAGUGUAAUAGCACGAGAUUUUUGUUAAUCUUCGCAUGAAUGAUGCCAAAUGGUGAUAUUUUUUUUCUAUCUUGAUUCUUGACGAGUUGAAGAGGCCGAUUUGGUCUGAUGUUGGGAUGCUUUGUUAAGCCGGUGGAAACGAGCGACGACGGUAGUACGCACUACGUACGAGAGAUAAGCUCAUCUCCUUCCCGUGAGGACGGUGAGGCUGAGCUCUCAUCUGUGGGAGGACCUCCCGUCCUGUUACCUCCCCUCCCCUUCCCUCCCCUCCCCUCCCCUCCCGUCCCCUCCCGCUGUAACUCUCUCACUUACCUGGCGUUUAUCUCUAUGUAGAUAUUAUCGACUCAGGCAGCAUAGAUAGUAGGAUAUUUGACACCUAGAGUAUGUUUUUAAGAGGAUAGAAAGUUUAAUAAGAUGCUAAUGGCUAUAGAAUGAUGAUCUUUUAGCAUGUACAGCGACUGCUGCUGAUGGCAGCAGCUGGUGCUGCCAUCUACUGUGCUCGUGCUGCUGCUCUUCUGGUGCUUGAACCGUGCUUCCAAUUAAAAUUUACGGGUAUCUUUGUUCCUUUUUUUCUUACUCUUUUUUCUUUUUAUUUUCUUGUUCUUGCGAAAGCUUUGAUAAUUGCUCUUUUUUAGGUUUUCUUUUAUCUACGGGCGUUGUGUUUCGAGCUCUUGCGGUGCACUACCUUCUCUUCCCCCGAAUACGACGUACGGUACAUUAAAGCUGUAUUUGGGGUACCUUUCAGUCUAAAUAGAGCUAUAAUGACCGUACGUCGUAUUCGGGGGAAGAAUGCUGCGUGUCGAUCUGUAUGCGUUGUCCUUUUCUUGAGAUUCAAACGUUAAGGGAUCAGCUGGUAUUUGGUGGAUCUGGGGUUGGUUCUAGUUGAGAUCGAAAUCCUUUAAAAUUUCUUUUUGCUUUUUUAGUUGCGCAGGAUGAGCAAGGUGAUUUGUAAUUAGUUUGUGGUUGUUUGUUGAAAGAAAACUCUUUUGUUGAUUCGCCUUUUCCAGAAGAGGAGUGUAGGUGUGCGGUUUAAUUCCAUACUUGAGAGUCUAUGUGCUGUCAUCAUCUGCUGAGCGACGGCGUGGUGCUGCCCUCUUCUUUGGGCCUGCAAGCCGCGUGGCAUACGAAAUGAAACUCGAAACAUGUGCAUCUCAACACAGAAAGCGCAGGGAUUCAUGCGUGUGCUAUAAAUAGUAACACGAAAGGAUGCAGUUGGCCGACUUCAGUGGCCGGAUGCACUUUCGGUUUUAUUUCGCUCGGUUGAAACGGUUAUGCCUGUCUGUCGUGUGUGAAGGCACGGAUGUAAUCGAUGGCUCGAGGCCGGAUGCACUUGGUCGACUUCUGUGGCGGGAUGCACUUUGUGGUGAAACGGUAAGUGCGAACGUGUAUAGGAUGAAGGGUACGUCGAUAUCUCAGACAGCAUCGGGUCUCAGGAUCUGUCCUUACGCUUUGGGAUCAACGAGACAUUGGGCCUCGCUCCAUUAACUUUUGACAUGUGGAAAAUGAGAGUGAAUCUUGCGCUAGAACAUGGAAAGAUGCAUCGCCAUGCUUUGUCUUUUGUGCAUGUCGAGAGUAGUGGCGGGAGGCCCUUCUUCGUGGGGGACAGGAGGCGUCGAGAUCGAUCGAUGAGCAUCAUAUUGGUAUCUACAACCCUUGGUUCUUCUUUGAUGAAACGGCUGUGUGGCUGUGUUGUUCGACUUUUUCAUAUUCUCCUAGUAGCAGUGGCAUGCUGUGCGGCUGUGUUGUGCGACUUUCUCAUAUUCUCCUAGUGGUAGUGGCAUGAUGGCGCCAAUGGUAGCAGCAAGUUAGGUGAAUCGAUGGAAUCGUAAGUGGAGAGUUAGUGUGAGAGAGUGUGGAUUGGACCGCCGAGAUGGGUAUCUGGUCGUGAAAUGACAGUUUAGGGUUCUUACUUUGUGUAUGUUUUUUUCGAUCGGUCAUCGGUUUGGAUUUGGCCCUAUUGCUGGCUCCUCUUUCUUUGCGUAAAGCAUCUCGU